AUGGCGAACCAAUUCAUCGGCCUCACGAUGCUCGUUACUCUCAGCGACCCACCAGGAGCGCAACUGAGGGGAGUAGUGAGCGGGUUUGAACCUGGCAGGAGCUUAACUCUGAGAAAUGUCACCAACCCAGCAAGUGGAAAAUCUCUGCCCGAAUUUACAAUCAACGCAGCGGAGAUCACAGAGCUUGUGGAAGCCGUCAAUGAGAAUGCGAUACCUCCUCAAGCAGCCAUCCCAACCCCCUUACCAGCAUCCAAACCUGUCGCACCCCCCGCGUUAAUUCCUGCCAAACCCAAGACAUUUGAGGAUCCCGCGAUCUUGAGCAUGGGCAAAAGACCUCAGCCCGCGAGCCAAAUACACUUUGCGGCGGCACAAUGGAACAAUGGCGCCAUGGAAAGGACAGAAUCUACGAGGACUGCCAGGCCCCGAGAUGACAGCGUUGUCAGCGAUAUGACCCCUGUCGCGGAAUUGGUGCAACCUAUGCAGCAGCUGAACCAAAGUGAUAGAGUCAAGGUUCCGGGCGUGGAAGCUCAAAUAUUGCAAGAGCUGGUCGCAGACGAAGACAUUUCAGAACAGCCGGCACAAAAACCUGCGAGAAGAGCUCGUCGGAGGAAAGGUCAAGCAAAGAAGGAGGAAUUCAAGGAGCCCGAUGUUACACCAGCAAAGGAGACUGCGACCACCAAGAAAGGCUGGAGACAAACUCCACUACUUGAGCCCAAUCCAUCCUUUCAACCUUUUUCUACUUUGAAAAGACAAAAGCAGCGGGGACGUGGGGUGGGCGAUGAAAACGGAUGGGCUACAGAGGAUGCGACCGAUGUCCAGGAUAUGGGUGAUUUUGAUUUCGCUGACAACCUGGCUAAGUUUGACAAGCACACCGUCUUUAAUCAGAUACAGGCUGAAGAUAGUGUCGCGGAUGAGGAUCGACUAGUCUCCCACAACCGACUGCCUAAAGGCAAACCUGGUACAGCCGGUGGAAAGAACUUGCAUUACACAGAGAAUGUUCUUGAAACGCCGAAUGGUAAUACAAGAACGAAAGCAGAUCCUUGGAAGAGCGAAGCUGGUGAUAGUGACCGUGACGAAAGGGCGAGUCAGAGAGGCAGUGGAAGUGGUAGACACUCAAGACGAACAGAAAGAGCGGAAAGUAAACUCAGCUUGAAUCGGAAGCCGAUCUCGAGGAAAGGAAGUAACAUUAUCAAUUCGGGUCCUUCUAGAACUCUUUCACAAGCUCCGCAGCCUUCUGCAAAGCCUUCUUUCUAUUUGGUACCAUCAGAUAGACGCAUCGAACCAAUUUCUGCCCUCCAAAUGCUCAGUCUAGAGAAUAUCGCUGAUCAUGAAGUCGGUCUUACCGAAGACAUGAUGGCCGAGAACGCAGGAAGAGGCAUCGCUGAGGUCGCCCUGACUGCUAUAAUACCUAGUAGUAGUACGUCGACUAGAAGUAAAGGAGGCAAUCUUCCCAGUGCAGUCAUAUUGGCUGGAAAUAACAAAAGUGGGGUUCGUGCCAUUGCCGCCGGUAGACAUCUGCGCAAUCAUGGUAUCAACGUCAAUGUUUGUGUCCUCGGCUUGGAGCGCGAAACGGACCUUCUUCCACCCCUCAGAACUCAGAUCAAAGCCUUCCGUGGACUCGGUGGUAAGGUAACAAACAAAGUGCAACUGCUCGAAUACGCCAAGACCCUCACAGAACCUCUGGCGCUUGUUGUCGAUGGUCUUCUUGGUCUCACAACUUCUUUCGAAGAGCUAAGAAUGGGCGAGCAAGCGACCGCUUAUGAACUGAUCGAGUGGGUAAACCGAAGCAAGGCACCAGUCUUGGCCAUUGACGUCCCAACUGGUAUUGAUCCGACAAGUGGCAAGGUAUGUAUCAUUGACGGCAGACCACUAUAUAUGCACGCGAAUUACAUUGUUGCAAUGGGUGCUCCCAAGAAAGGUCUUCUAGAAGCCAUGGUUCUGGGCGAAGGUGUUGUCGACGAAGACGGGAUCAGCCACGACGGCAUAUGGAAACUUUUCGUCGCGGACGUGGGACUCGGCGCUGCUGUAUGGAAGAAAGCAGGCACACGUGUCCGGAGAGGGGUGGAGUUCGAAAAUAGCUGGGUCUUGGGAAUGAGAUUUCAAGGCGGGCUCGAGUAG